AUGAAAGUCGAGACCCCAAUUACGGAAAACAUUGUCAAUAAACCUGUCGAAAAUACCGUACCUAGAAAACCACAACCUCAUUUCAAAUAUACAACCUUCCCAGUCAAGGGUUACAAUAUUCUUCCAACACGUAAUAUCACUAGUACCUUUGCAAGAAAUGACACCACUUAUUUUCCCGGUAAUAAAGCAGGCGCUGAAGAGAUUUCGCCUGAUCCAGAGGAAGAAUGGAGAGACACGAUUAUUAUUCACCCAGGAUCACGCAAUUUAAGAUUAGGUUUUGCUUCUGAAGCUUUUCCCAAAUGUGUGCCUCAUGUCAUUGCUAGACGUUUUAAGACCGAAUUCCCCAACGAUACCACUGAAAGUGACAUGGACACAACCACAGAAGAGGAAGAGGAGAAACACCAAGAAGCUUUAAAUGAAAUAAAGAGCGAACUUAAGUGGAGAAUGAAGAAUGCAAAACGUAGAGCAGUUCCCAACGCUGAAGGACAGGUUAUCGGGUUUAAUACAACCGCAUUUAAAGAGACUAUACUUGAUCAUAAUGAUCCUUACAAGGUAGAAUGGACAGAGGCAACAAAGGAUGGCGUUGAUUAUUUUGUUGGAGAAAAGGCUAUUAAUUUACCAGUUCCUAAAGGGAGUCAAUAUCGUAUUCGUUAUCCCUGGAAAUAUGGAACAUUCAACUGUCAGGAUUAUUCCUCAUUAAAUGCAGUCUUGGGUGAUAUUGAAGCUAUUUGGACAGAGGCAAUUAUAAGCGAAUUAGAAAUCGAAAGAGCCGAUUUCAAGAAUUACAAUGUAGUGAUAGUCAUUCCAGAUACAUUUAACCGUACGUAUCUCUGUGAAUUGGUUACAAUGCUUUUACGGUAUAUGAACUUUCGAGGUAUCAUCGUUCAACAGGAAUCCACAUGUGCCACUUAUGGAGCAGGCGUAUCCAGUGCCGUAGUGGUUGAUAUUGGUGCGCAAAAGACGAACAUUACAUGUAUCGAAGAUGGUGUUUGCCAAGUGGAUUCCAGAAUCUCAAUUUCCAUUGGCGGUGACGAUAUUACUAAAACAUUCGCCUCAUUUCUCUUGGCAAAUAAGUUUCCUUAUGAAAAUAUUGAUUUGUCAACAACAUUUGAUUGGAGAUUGGCAGAAGAAUUAAAAGAAAAAUGGUGUACAAUGAAUGAAGCAGAUAUUAGUGUUCAAGUAUACGAUUUCUUUGCUCGUACGCCAUUUAAACCCACAUUAAAAUACCAAUGCAAAGUGUACGACGAAGUGUUUUUAGCACCGCUUUGCUUAGUAUAUCCUGAUAUUCUGGACAACAAGAAAAAGGGAACGAAAGGGUCUUGGACUGUGGCUAAUGACAUGUCAAAUGGCAAGCAAUACGAAUCAUAUCCUAUUGACGUCGCUAUUGCCCAAUCAAUUGUAAAUGCAGCAAACGGAUCAGAAGAAAAGUUAAAAAGAUACUUUACAAGUAUUAUUCUUGUCGGCGGAGGCGGAAAGAUUGCUAAUUUCAGUAAGGUUUUAGAGGACCGUGUACUGUCAACAGUUUUAGCUCAAAGAUCAUUUAUUGAUCGCGUGGAAGUGUUACCUGCACCAAGAGAGUUAGAUCCCGAAGUAUUAGUAUGGAAGGGAGCAUCUGUUAUGAGUAAAUUAGAUAUAGCGAAGGACAUGUGGAUAGGCGCUGGAGAAUGGGAAGAAGUUGGUGCAAGAUUAUUGCGAGAAAGAGCAUUGCUUAUGUAA